AUGUCCGAUUCCGACUCCGGGUCGUGCAAUACCCAUGAGGCUGAUGAUGAACGGGAUGCCAACUAUGCUGUGUUUCGCGAUUGCCUUUCCUCUGUUUUGCUACAAACAUCAGUCAACAAUACACCCCAUACCAAAAGAGAGCCAAGGCGGCGACGUCGGGCAAAGGCCCAUCAUGGAAAUGCUGUUGAAGAUGCCGAGAAGACUCCUGGAGCGGACACUCAAAAUUCUGCGGACGACCUUGCCGAGUUUAUCGACUACCUAGCAAGCGGUAUUUUCCACAGUUUACCGGAGGCGUUAAAAGAGUUGGAUUACCGGUCAUGGCGAGAAUCAGAAGAUCUCCAAGCUCAAUUUGCACAGCCCCUGGCGCCAGAGAAUCUGUCUGUCCUUGACUUGCCGCCCUCGAUUCCUGAGACGUUGGUUGCAUAUAAUCUGGUUGCUGCGGAUCCAACCAUUGACUCUCCGCUGCCUUCCACCACGGAAGACUUCCUCGUUCCUAUUGUAACAUCCUAUAUCGAGACGCUUAAUACACCACCACCGGCAUCGUGGGCUAGUCGCACAGACGCAUGUGAGAUUUGUGGCCGGGACUGGAUACCAUUAUCGUAUCACCACUUGAUUCCGCGUUUCGUUCACGACAAGGUUGUAAAACGUGGGUGGCACCGUAAAGAGGAUUUGCAGAAUGUCGCAUGGCUAUGUGGAGCAUGCCACCGCUUUGUUCAUCAUUUCAAGAAUCAUGAGGAGUUGGCGCGCAAUUACUACACGGUGGACCUGCUUCUCGCUGAAGAAGAUGUGAGGAAGUUCGCCGCCUGGGUCGGACGGCUUAGGUGGAAGGGUGGAAAAGUGCGUCGGCGAGUCAAGUGA